AUGGUCUGGAUACAUGGAGGCUCUUACUUUUUUGGGUCUGGCUCUUUGCACCUCUACGACGGCUCCAGCUUGGCUGCUAAUCAAGAUGUUGUGGUGGUAACUAUCAACUAUCGGACAAAUCUAUUUGGGUUCCCUGGAUCCCCUGAGCUACCAGCAGCGGAGAAGAACUUGGGAUUACUGGAUCAACGGUUCGCCCUGGAUUGGGUUCGACGUAAUAUCGCAGCCUUUGGCGGGGAUCCAGAGAAAAUAACAAUUUUCGGAGAAAGCGCAGGAGGAGGGAGCGUCGAUGGUCUAAUUACCGCUCCGCCUGAACCUGUUCCCUUCCGCGCUGCAAUUAUGCAAUCUGGCCAGUCCACGAUAAGGGCUCUCGACCCUGACCCCGCUGUCGCAUGGAAAAAGCUCCUGGACGUGACUAAAUGCUCUUCCUUAAAAAACGCUCUCGAAUGUGUUCGCGCAGUUCCUGCCUUGGAGUUGAAAGAAAUCAUCGAACGGCAACAGCUAGUAUUUGGACCGACACCUGAUGGUGGUGUCACCUGGGCAGACUCUCCUCGCAAAAGGCGUCUCGAUUCCGCCGAUCAGAAAUCACUUAUUGCGCGUGUACCGGUGUUGAUGGGAAGCAACGCUGACGAAGCUCUUCCCUUCGCAGCAGGCAUGAAUGACACUGAGGGAUUCCUCCGUGGAUAUUUACUGGGCGUUCCUGAAAAGACUAUUCAAAACAUCCUGAAUACAUACCCUAUUGGUUCCCCAGGAAUUAGCGAUGAAUCCCAUCGUCUGUCUGCCAUCCUUACUGACUUUUCCUUCCAGUGCCCAGCGAGGUUAGACACAGAUGACAGCGCAGCCGCGGGAAUUGAUGUAUGGCGAUACUAUUUUAACGCGAGCUUUCCAAACACUGAGCUAGCCGAGGGAGGCGGAGCCUAUCAUGGAUUGGAAGUCUAUUCGAUCUUUGGAACGUAUCCUCAAAAAGGGGCCACGAAGUUCCAGAUAGAAGUUGGAAAGGGGAUGCAGGAGGCUUGGGCGAAUUUUGCCAAGAAUCCAAAUAAGGGCCCGGGAUGGGAGAAAGUUCCUCGACUCGGAGUGUUUGGCGGUGGUGCAAGAACAGGAACAGGCGAUGAAGACAGAAAGGUAUUGGCAACCAUAGAUUCCAAGGAUGUGGACUUUUAUGAUAACGUCAGUUCAUUCUCCUCGAGAUUUCAGCUGGGCAUUUUGUGA